AUUUUCAGCUGUCAAAAAUUUUUGUCGUCCGCUCGCCCGAUCUAAGCCUGUUAUUGUAAUUAAUAAAAUUUUUGUAUAUUCUGAGAAUGUUUUCUGCCAACACACACUCUGUGCCGUACCUUUAUCUGGGUAACUUCAGUAGAAAACCGCACUAUUACACCGUGAAGCGAACCAAAUUGCCGGCAAAUGCCAGCGUUCCACGAUUCUUUGCCGACAAAUCAAAGUCCGCCUCCAGCAGCACAAGCAAAGGCAGCAGCAGCAGUAGUAGUAGUAGAAAGAGCCAUGACCUCGUGCUGGAUUUUAAGACGCUGCUGAGCAAGUCUGGUGUCAGUUUGCAGGGUAUCGUGGAGAGGGCGGCGAGACUAAAUGGCAUACUCGACAAGGAGCUAGUGAACGAUGCACUGGUCAAGGUGACCAGCAUGCUGCCCUCGAUGCGCCAGGUGCACGUCACACUUGAGAAACCGGCGACAACACAACAACAACAAACUACUCCGGGCAAACAACAAAAUUGCAAGUUUGAACUCUCUCUGAAAGCCACACAAAAUAUCGGAUCUAUCAUUAUGUAUCCAACUGUGAUGAGAGGUCUGCUGAAUCCGCUGCUAGCGACUCAUCAGCUGCGACAGUUGCGUGACUUUAAGACGGAUCGUUCCAUUGAGGCGGAUCAGAAACGCAAUCCCACAAUGACAACCAGACUGAAGUCUGCGCUCCAAGGUGCGCCACUUCGACCCGAUGGCGAACACAACAUGCAGGCAGACAGGCUCAAGAAGCUGCUAAGCAAAUCGGGCGAACACGGCAGCCCUCAGAAUGCGGAGAGCUUAAAGAUUGCUUUCGCUGAGGGCUAUUUGGCUGCAUCGAAUGCGGAAGAUUCACAGAAAUCGGGAAAGACAAUGAAAUAUCUGAAGACACUCAUUGUGAUCGUCGUCUUCAUUGGCAUCUUCGUCAGCUUCUUCACCUCAUCGAAUGGCUCCGUGUUCCGCAUACAACUGGGCAACCAGGUCGAGGUGGAUCCGGAGGAAAUACAUGUUACAUUCGAUGAUGUCAAGGGCUGUGAUGAGGCCAAGCAGGAGCUGAAGGAGGUCGUCGAGUUCCUCAAGAGCCCCGACAAAUUCUCAAAUCUGGGCGGCAAGCUGCCCAAGGGUGUGCUCCUCGUCGGCCCACCGGGCACAGGCAAAACCUUGCUGGCCCGUGCCGUUGCCGGUGAGGCGAAUGUUCCGUUUUUCCAUGCAGCCGGACCAGAAUUCGACGAAGUUCUCGUCGGGCAAGGCGCCAGACGGGUCAGAGAUUUGUUCAAGGCUGCCAAGGCACGUGCUCCCUGCGUCAUUUUCAUCGAUGAGAUCGAUUCCGUUGGCGCCAAGCGCACGAAUUCUGUCCUCCAUCCGUAUGCGAAUCAGACGAUUAAUCAGCUGCUCUCCGAAAUGGAUGGCUUCCAUCAGAAUGCUGGCGUCAUAGUGCUCGGUGCAACGAAUCGUCGCGAUGACUUGGAUCAGGCCCUGUUGCGUCCGGGUCGCUUUGAUGUCGAAGUCGUGGUCUCCACACCCGAUUUUACCGGUCGCAAAGAGAUUCUCUCUUUGUAUUUGGAAAAGAUACUGCACGAUGACGUGGACUUGGAUCUGCUGGCACGUGGCACCUCCGGAUUUACAGGUGCCGACUUGGAGAAUAUGAUUAACCAGGCGGCACUGAGAGCUGCCAUUGAUGGAGCUGAGACUGUGAGUAUGAAACAUUUGGAGACCGCACGUGAUAAGGUACUUAUGGGUCCAGAGCGCAAGGCGCGUCUGCCCGACGAGGAGGCGAAUACGAUAACCGCCUACCAUGAAGGAGGACAUGCGAUUGUUGCCUUUUAUACGAAGGAAUCGCAUCCGCUGCACAAGGUCACGAUAAUGCCGCGUGGUCCGUCGCUGGGACACACCGCCUACAUACCGGAGAAGGAACGCUAUCAUGUCACCAAGGCGCAAUUGCUCGCCAUGAUGGACACCAUGAUGGGUGGUCGUGCGGCCGAGGAGAUUAUCUUUGGCGCCGAGAAGAUCACGUCGGGCGCCAGCAGUGAUCUGAAGCAGGCGACAUCGAUUGCGACACAUAUGGUCAAGGAUUGGGGCAUGUCGGAGAAGGUCGGUCUGCGUACGAUUGAGUCGCCCAAAGGAUUGGGCUCGGGCGAGAGCCUCGGACCGAACACCAUUGAGGCUGUGGAUGCCGAGAUCAAGCGUAUCCUGAGCGAUAGCUAUGAGCGAGCGAAGGCGAUUCUGAAGAAGCAUACAAAGGAGCACAAGGCAUUGGCAGAGGCACUAUUGAAAUACGAGACUCUGGAUGCGGAUGAUAUCAAAGCAAUAUUGAAUGACAACCAGUAGUCUUAGUAUUUCUCCUCUUUCUUUCUUUCUUUGGAGUCAGUUGGGCACCCGCUGCGUAUACAUACAUAUAAUUACAAACAUACGUAUAUAUAUACAUAUAUAUAUUUUUUAGUUACAAUAUAUAAUAAGCGUAAGCACAGAAACCAAUAACAGAUCGGGACGCAGACGAACAGUUAAGUAAUAAAAUGUUAUACAUAUUUUA